UGUUUGUAAAUGUCAAUGAAAGGGAGACAAUGUGAAUGAGACAAACCAAUUAAUGUUCCAGGCUCACAGCUGAGCACGGACUGAUCUAUUUAGAGCUAUUUAUAGCUCAGUGUGGCUUCAGAGGCCAAAAGUAUUGAGUGUGCACACUUUGGACAAUUAGGCCAAAAGACCCAGUGUGUCACCUUUAAACUGAACAGGCAGCACAUGAGAGUCUGGAGCUCGUAAGAUUAAAUUCUAAGUUAUUUGCAGGAUUUAACUUCCAAUUUGGAUUUUCUUUUUUUUUUUUAAAGCCCACAGAGCUCGUUGCCUAAUUGGUUGAAGGGGUUGAGGGGAAAUCUGUCUGAUUAGCCUUCUCCAACAGACGGGGAUUAAGCUUUUAGUCUGUAAUUAUUAUAAAGUAUACGUCAGCAGAUAUCCACCCAUUUCAGACAGACCUUGGAGCGCACAGGGGAUGUCCUGCUAGAGCUAGUGCUCUCUUGUCAGGCCCGGUCAGACGUGGAGAACCCGAGGAACAGGAAUAACCUUCCUGAGUCAGUGCCACGACGCUGACACACCACCACCACCACCAGCACACUCCCCGGCAGGGCUGCCUCUGCUGCUCGAUAAUAAGCAUCCUAUGCUAUUCAGCUCAAGAUGGCGGUGCAGGCAGUGGAAAAGGACGGAAUAGUGUUGAAGAAUGUGGAAGAUGACCACCUGAACGACUCGCUGGGGAACCCCGGCCUCAUCUCACCUGACAAGGAGGAUUUAUCACGUCUCCUGACUGUGCCAUUCAGCGGCCGCAUCCGGGGCGGCAUGCGGCCGGGGAAGAAGAUCAUAGUGAUGGGCAUCGUCGAUCUGGAGCCAGACAGCUUUGACGUGAGUCUGACCUGUGGCCGUGAUUCAGAGAAAGAGGAGCACCCGUAUGACGUGGCCCUGAAACUCACCGCCCGCUUCACCGACCGUCAGUUCCUGCGCGGCGCCCGCAUCUCUGGGAAAUGGAUGGGAGAGGAGGCAUCCACCGCCUACUUCCCCUUCAUUCCCGAUCAGCCUUUUAGGAUUGAGAUCCACUGCGAGCACCAGAGGUUCCGGAUAUUCGUGGACGGACAUCAGCUCUUUGACUUUUAUCACAAAGUGAAAUCUUUGCCCUCAAUCGACACAGUACGGAUACAAGGAGACAUACAGAUCACCAAGCUCGGCUAACUUCCCGCUCUUCCCGCUCUACAAGUCGCGUGCGAAGCAAGGACUUGAUCACAGAUGACCACACAUACGCGCCUGUUACGUCAUCAUCCAUAACCCAUCGUCGUGCAACACUGCAGCUGCAAAGCAACUGGAAAAAAAAAUCUUUGAUGGUGACAAGUUACAGUUCUUCUGCUCCAUUUUCACUCGCUUCUCUCCGUUCCUUUCUUUUUUAAAAAAUCAGGAUCUGAUAUGACGAUGCUUUGAGGAUGAAUGUGUCUGCUCCAUUUUCAGGGUUUUCUCUUUAUAGCCCCAGUUUUGUCAGAUCGGGGAUCUCACAGCUUAUUAAUAGCACAUUCAUUUUUUUAAAUGUUGAAUCCUUUUGAGGGAUGCUGAGAUAGAGGCAGGUGUGGAGUACCUUCAAGGACAGAUGUUAUAUAAACCAGUUACUCAGGAAAAACUGUUGCUUAUGAGUAAAAAAAGAAAAAAUCUCCAAUUUUGGUUUUUAAUUCUGCAAAUCUUCCAAAACCUUUUUGGAUAAACUGGAAACAUGCAUGUGAAUGCUGCAGUAUUUGACCUGAGCAGUGUUAAUAUGUUCAAUCUGAGCCCUGACGAACUCCCACAAGGGCUGAAACAUCAUUUUUCAUGUCAGAUAAAACUGGUUUCAAAGCAAAAUAUUGCAGGAUUGUUUGACGCUUUCAGAUUUUAUUACACCCGGCACAGCUGGGGAUGUAUUUACUGGUGCAGUUGUAGCCUAAAACUCAAUCUCCUGACCACAAUAGACAAUAGAGCACACUGUUUUCUCCGUGCAGAUGUAUCUCCAUAAGGCACUUCUACCCUCCCAGCCCUCCCUUGGGUUUAUCCCAGUUGUCAUGGUAACACGCCACAGUCUCACCGACCUAAAUACCCAAAAAUGAGGAUUAUAUCAUGACAAGAUGAAUCAGAACGCAAACACACACAUGCACUGUGUGUUUACUCUGGCGGGGAGAAUUGAGAAAUGGCUUUUUAAUUGGCUCUCUUCUGUCACACACGUUCUUCAUGCAAACCUCAUCCAAACUAAUAUGCAACUUAGUCAAACCUCGGUACAUAUUUAGGAGAAACCGUGCUAUGCGCAGGUGUUUGCUGAACUCAAACUAAAACCCUUCAGUUGCAUUUAGUCGGCUAGUUGCAAGCAGAGUAAGAUCCCGGUGGUAUUUUUGAAUGUAUAGUAUUCAUGUUUCUAUAGUAGCAUAGAAGAUAUAGUGAUGCACAAAAAAAUGAUUACUUAAUGUCACCGUUUCUUGACCGUUUGGUUGGUGCUGUUCUUAGUCCAUUCUCGGUUCUACAGUAUGUCUUAUGUGUUUUUAUGCGGCGUCAGUGUUUCCUGAGUCAUUCCACGUCAGUGUCUUGACCGCACUGAAGCAGAUAGGCGUUAAAAAUCAGUUACAUCUUUGUUUAACGGAGCCAGCAGGUUUUUUUUAUAAGUCUUACAAAUACAGUUGUGUCUUAAAUGCAUCACAUGGUUUUGUCUCUGUGACACGAUGUCUUCUCCUUCGCCGAGGAAGUUCUAAUAAAUACACAGUGAUAGAAGAUGUUAUCUAAGGAAAACUCGCAGUAUAAUAAGUAUGUGUUAAGUUUACACCUCCUACAGUAUCAGUCGAACACGUAGAGUAAAACUAGGAAAGGAUUUAACUGCAUAGAUUUCUGGGUACAACUCUCUACUGUAAUAAAUGGUUUAUAAGAUGAUUAAUCAAUAUUAUUUAGUUCAUAGAUCAGUUGUAAGCUAUUAAUAAGAACAACUUUUUGUUUGCCGGGUUGUGUAUUAGGCAAUAAUGCAGUUAUUAAUCUUGUAAACCAGCUAAUAAACCAUCAGUUCUGCAUCUAUCCUGUCAAUGUGGUCAAGCAGGGCAAGCAUUUUUGUUUUAACCUGUCAACCCCAAAGUUGUUCCAGUUAAUGUCUUAUAUUUAUAUGAUCUAUAAAAUGUUUAUUAACAUUAAUAAAGUACUUUAUAACUCCCUAAAGAGGUGAGUUAUUAGAAAUAAAUAGAUGAAAACUUGACUUUGAAGCUUUGAUUGUCUUUGGAGGCAGAUGUUGCAGCUUAGUUCAUAUCAAACAGAAAACUGACCGCAUGCUUUUAAUGCUGUGUCAUGGUUCGAAUUCCACUUUUCGAGCAGCUCGAAAAACAAAGUAGUUACGCUGCACAGAAGUCAAAUUGAGAUUUUGACGUUUUUACACUUGAUCUUUAGCUAAUGACGGUUUCCCCCAUCGCCCUUUGCUGCUGUGAUUCUUGGAGUAAGCCAUGACAUCUGUGCAGAGCAGUCGUUGCACUGACUUCACUGCAGGGCGCUCUGUAAUUGAUGCUCACACUAAUGAAGCUUCCUUUUAGGUUUCUGAGCUUUGUGCACAUGAGAGCCACAGCUGUGUGCGGCAUCCAUCGGAAUACAGAGAGGUUGCUCUCCAUACAUACAUGCAUGCACUGAGUACUUGUUAACUCCUUUUCACAUAGUAAUAAGAUCUCCCCUCCGGAGCAGAACUUGUUUUCUCCUGGUCGGUCAGUUGGCGAGCUGGUUUAUUUCAGACACAAACAGGAAAUGAGUACAGUUUUGGUAUGAAAGGGUAAGUCAGAAAGGAAGCGAGCCAGUGAGAUGCAUCAUUACUCCAGUGUUACAUAAGAACAAAUGUGUACAAAAAAUGUGUUUGACAGGGUGUGUUUUUGGAUUUCUAUUCCAUCCGUUUGUGAUGCUACAGCUGUAAUAACAUGUUGGAAAGAAUAUGACUAUGACUCGGCGGUGUGUUUUCAUGGAUGUGGAAACAUUAGGUUUGUUUUUCGGCUCCUUAGCUGUCACACAAGGAGCCUCGCUGGCAGCAGUUAACGGCAUCGAUGGCGGUAGGGCUGUUGCUAGGAAUUAUGGGGGAGGGAGACGAACAAUUCAAGACUUCCUGAAAUAAAGGGCUCGAACCAGGGAGUGUUUUCUGUGUGUGUGUGUGUGUGCAGGGAGAGCUGAGCUGUGUGUGCACAGUGUAACUCUGCAUUUUUCCUUUAAGUGUUGUGUGUUUUCUAGCUGUGCAUGAGCACAGUAUUUUUUUUUUAGGUUUUCUGCACAGUUGGAUGUGGUGCAGGUACAUGACAAGCUAACGGUACUUGAGCUUACUUAUUUGGUACUGGUGCACUUUAAAACUUUAAAAAAGUGUUGGCGUCCACUUUAGGGACUCUCAACUGCUUGGUAUUCCAGUAAAAUAAUACAGUUUGGGUACAUGUGCUUAGAAAACCUCCAAUAUAUAUUGUGUUUCUUCCUGAAUUAAUAACUACAACAGGUCCCAGUUUCUGAUCUCCUAAUGAUCCCACGUCUUUUGAAGAACAAUUCUUGCUCUUGUUCUUCAGCCCUUUAAAAAAAAAUGCAGCUGAAUGUUACUCUCUCUCUGAUUGUAAUCGGAUGAAAUUCCCACAUGUUCAUAUUCACCUCGAUCUUCAUAAAAACAGACCACCUGUCCUAUGCUCGGUUAAAAAUCGAGGGCGUCUGAUGAAAGACUUGACCCACGUCUGUAUGCUCCUCUUUGGAUGUACAUAUUUAUGAACCUGGCCUCUCGUGGCUUCAUUUUUUGUUACACGAGAGAUACCAAGCAGAAAGCAUUUUGUUGUGCAUGUAAGCUAUUACCUGGCAUUUUGUAUACAUGAAAGAUUGAGGCGUUAUAUUGCCAGUUCUUUUUAUUUUGCUCCAGUCAAGCAUGCUUUCCUUUCUUUCUUUCUUUAUUUUUACAUCUGGGCCUGUUUCGACGACAUCUCCCCUCAUAGCUGCAUUUUCUUUCUCUUUUGAUCUGUUUACCUUUUUGUAGCCUAGGAUCCCAGUUUAGUGCUUCCCAAAUUACAAUCUGCAAACUUUAGGAUGCACAAAUCAAGAUUAUGGAUUAAGUUUUACCCCCCCAGAACUUUUAACAAGUAGAACAACCCACCGACUUUCUAAAAAAAAAAAAAGUGCUAAAACAUUCUCAUGACUUUUGUAAGAACGACCACAUCAUCAUGUCCAUUUACAGUAUGAAGCGUCCUCUGAGUAGAAGUAGGCUGACCUGUUGCUAAUGUAUUGUGUGAUUGUACAAUCAUUAUCAUUUCUAUUUAUUACAGUGUAACCAGCAGGGUUGUGUGUGGUAACGUCAUACCUACUGUAUUGGUAAUGUACUAUUUUAUGCUGUUUAUAUGAAGGCAUCUUGAAAAGGUUUUUUAUAAUGAUGAGUGUUUCUCCGGUUCUGGGCUCUGACUUGUACAAACUUUACAUAUUGUACUUUCCUGUGUGACAUGGGGAAAUGUGUGAAGUAUUGGGUCAUUUUAUUUGAACUGCUAAACAAGUUUUAAUCAUUUUUAAUUUGAGUGUUUUCUGGGAUGUACCAAGUCUGAGGAUCACCAGGGGUGUUGGCUGUUGUGACUCUGAGCUUACCAAGCAUCAUGUUGGCCCCCUCUGUUGGCUGUUAGCAGACACAGGAGCAGUUGCAUUUACGACAUGCUGCAAAUUCCCCAAAUAUCCUGAGAUGACCCUGAUUUUUUUUGUCUCAUUGACAGUGUGCACUGGACCAGUGUUUAGAUGAAGACAGUACAUUCCACCAUUGUGUUAUAAACCUCUUAAGAUGUUUUUUUUCUUCUUCUUCUCCCCAUGCUUUUGUAAAAACAGCUACUUUGCAAACCAAUAAACUUCUCAUCUUGGAAAUGUUCUUAUUCCCUCAUGCUCAACACUGAAUAUUCACCCAGACAUGAAAUAAAAACCGGUAGCUACAUCCCUGAUGAA